AUGAUUGAUCAAAAGGAGCAGUCUAAUCAAAUUGUGCAAGACAAAAUAUUGUCAUUGAUACUCGGAUCAAACUCUCCUAGAGAUGCAUUAUUGUUAGAUAUUGUUAAAAGGAUUGAAGGUAACCUUGGAACAUCCUGGAAUAACCGUGUUUUCUCUUCGCAAUUUCAAUCGUCGAAUAACAAAGUCGACGACUAUGAGAGACAACCGACAUUUAUUCAUACCAAAGACGGCUUUGAGGUGUCUUUGGAUAUCGAGAUAAUCAAGGCAUCUGUACAGAGUUUCCACCCAAUGGCAAACUUCACUGUUGAAGAAAACCUAUCUCUGGAUGAGAUCCAAACCAAGAUGGCCAGUUUCAGUAACCUUUAUCCCACAGAUAUCGUUUAUAACUCCGAGUUUCUUCUCAUGUGUUUAGCAAGCUCUACAGAAAUCUUUAAAGACAAUGGUAGUGUGGACUUGAAGGCAUUUGUUGAAUCGUAUGGAAUGAGUUUUGUUCUAUGUUGUCUCUCGUCUGAAGCUCCAAGUGGCUAUUUGAAGUCGGCUAGAAGUAUCCUUGCCGCUGUUGCCUUUUAUUUAAGUGAGGAAUCAGAUAAGUCCUCUUCUUACAGAGAAAAAUUGGUCAUAAAACUAUUGGUGUCUAAAGUUCUUAACUUUUUCUCAUCGUCUAACCAAGACUUCGACAAAUAUCUGCCUUCAUGUGUGUGUACCAUGAUGGCUCUGACCUUACCAGUAAUGACCAAUCCGGGUCACUACUUGAAUGAGAAAGCAGUUGAUUUUCUCUUAUCAACACCGUCCCUGCGUGCUACAGAGCUACCCAUGUUUUCGGCUAUUACCAAGACCAGCUCAGAGAAUGCUAUAAGAGAAAUCCAAUGGCUCUUUGAGAAUCUGACUUACAGCUUAUCUACACAAAAGGACGUUGCACUAUACAUGCAAAAAGGAGUAUUUGAAUAUGCAUUAUCAGUGAAAGAACUGUCUAGUAGUAUUAAAAUCGAACCACUCAUUCUUAAAACACAAGAGGCUAUCGGUGGGUCCAUGUCUUUAGUGACUAGAAAUGGUGCCCUUUCAUGGACUAUCAAUGAGUUGUCGUAUUCAAAGGAAGACAGCGAUCGUGCAUAUCUUUUCAGAAAGCUAGGUUCCCGAUUUGUAGCCUCUUCCGACAGCCAAAAACUGAAUGAGUGGACCGAUGAUGCUAUUGCGGAGUUCAUAAUGGGGCUGAAAGCCUAA